AUGGAAGUGGAAAUUCUACCACCUGCUUGCUGUCCCUGUACUGAUGGAGAUGUCAUGAAUGGUUCACGUCCAUAUACUGAUCAAACUGUCAAUAAUUUAAUGGCUGAAGGAAAUACGCUUUCAUCUGAUGAACAAAUAAACCAACAAACUGAAGGCGAUAACAGUCCAUCGAAUGGUUCUUUUGUCGAGAGUAGUGAUAUUCUAACGGAAACUCUCAAUAAUCUUGAGAAAUUAAAUGAAGAUUUGAAAAAUUCGCCUACCAAUCCAUUUUCAGUUGACUUAACCAGUCUCCCAUAUCCACCUGGUUAUUCUAUAAUAAAAAGGAACGGCUCACAGAUAGAUCACGCAAAUCCGUAUAAAGCAUUAAAAGAAAUCGAGGAAGAAAGUUCAAAAGAACCAAGGAUGACAAAAAAGUUUUUGAAGCAACAUUGUGCAAAGCAUAAAUUGUAUCAAACACCACAACUGAAUGAUAUCCUGUAUCUUCAUUAUAAUGGUUUUUCAAAAAUUGAAAAUCUUGAAGAAUACACCGGUUUAAGAUGUUUAUUCUUAGAAGUUAAUGGGAUAUUAAAAAUUGAUGGUUUACAAAAUCAAACUGAACUACGUUCAUUGUAUUUAUCCAAAAAUUUAAUACGUCAGAUUGAAAAUUUAGAUCACAUGCGAUUUUUGGAUACAUUAGAUGUAAGCCAUAAUAUGAUAAGUAAAAUUGAAAAUCUUGAUAUGCUUCCAAAUUUCACAAAGUUGAUAAUUUCACAUAAUAAAUUAUCUGAGAUAGAAGAUUUGGUACACUUGACUAAGUGUGAACAUCUCUCUGUUUUGGACAUACAACAGAAUUAUAUUAAGAAUCCAAAUGUUGUUGAAGAAGUAUUUGCUAAAAUGCCAAGUCUAAAAGUUUUAUACAAUCAAGGAAAUGCAUUUAUUCGAGAAGUUAAAAAUUAUAGAAAAAAUAUCAUUAAUCAGUGUAAAAAUCUCACAUAUUUAGACGAUCGUCCUGUAUUUCCAAAGGAUAGGGCAUGCGCAGAAGCCUUCUAUGCAGAAGGAAUUGAAAAAGAACGCGAAGUUCGACAACAGUGGAUUGAAGCUGAGCAAAGAAAGAUUUUGGAAAGUGUUAAAUGGUUAUCUGAAACACGUAAACGCAUUGAAGCAAGACGUCGGGAAGCUGAAUUGCGCAGACAAGCUGAAGAAGCUGGAUUACCAAGUGAUAAUAUACACGUUUCACCAGGAGAUAUUGACUGGCUAUACGGAGAUGUCACUAAUAUACCAGAUGAAGAUAAUAAUUCAGACAAUAAUAUUUCAAACGAUGGGAUUUUUGACAAUUCUGCACCACCUCCAUCUUGUGCAGGUGAUGGAGAAGCAUGUCCUAGAUUACGUCCAAGAAACGGUCCUAUGAUGGCAGCACAGGUUUAUGAAGAAAUUUGUACGGAAAUGGAAAACAUGACAGCAGAGAUGGAGAUGAAACUACCUAGUUGCACUCAGUCUGAUAAUCAGAGAGUUGUGGAUAAUGAAGGAGCUGACACUCACGUUAAAAAUAUUAAUGAUCAAACUGGAAGCCAUUCAAUGAGCAAUGAAGCUAUAAGUAAAUCAUUUUCUGACAAACAAGAGACAGUUCAAUCAUUUUCGAACAAUGAAGAAAUUUCUGUUUUAAGAAUUGGAAAGAAUUCUGAUUCUGUUUUUAGUCAACCAAAUAAAAAUGAUACGCAUAGAAAUGAUCUACCAUCAGUGUUAAAUAUCAUAGGCAACAGCAACAACGAGGAAGACGAAGAAGACAAAGCAUCUGAAAGUGAUUUCACAGAUGAUAUUGAAAGAGAUGCAGUAUUGUUUAGUUCCAAUGGUUUCAAGGCUCCAAAAAAUCUUAUCAUGGAAGUCUUAUCGGAUGGUCAGCUUGAGGAAGAUAUUAUUUUAUCUGAAGAAACAAUCCGGGAGGAUUCGUCACGUAUUCCAAAGUCUGCAUUUAUUGAAGAUUCAUACAAUGAAGAAUGUAAUCUAUUUAACAAGUCAAAUAUACAGGUAUCCGAUGUUUCUUCAAAGGAAAAUAAUAACAAGAAUGAAAAUAUCAUUAUGAUAGACAAUAAUAAUGAAGAUAGUGAUGAAGCUGACACUGAAAGAAUUGAAGAUGAAAAAACUUAA